AUGAAGGGAAAACUAUUUGUGAAGAAAUUGUGGGGACUGAAAACUGACUGGGAUGACGAACUGAUGAUGGAUUUAAAGAAAGAGUUCGAUGAAUUGUUAAACCAACUGAAUUCUAUUGAGGAGAUCAAAGUCCCUAGAUUUUGUUUUAAUGAAGGAACUUGUAGCUUACAUGUAUUUGUUGAUGCCUCUCAUGUGGCUUAUGGAGCCUGUGCGUAUGUUGUUAGUAGUAAGCACACAAGUCACUUGCUAUUUAAUUGUACUGUUUGGAGUGACUCCCAAGUAGCUUUGAGUUGGGUAUUUUAUGAAAGAUCUAAAGAAGUGUUUGUAAUCAACAGAGUAAAGGAAAUCAAGGACUUGAAGUCCAGUCAUAACAUCAGGUUGUUAUAUGUUAAGAGCGAGGAUAAUCCUGCUGAUUUAGUUACGCGAGGUAUUUCAAUGUCUCUUUUGAGUAAGUCAGGUUUGUGGUUUCAUGGCCCGACCUGGAUUAUUGACAAAAAUAAGUUUCCAGAACAAGAGGAUGUAGUUUACAUAGAGCCUGUUAAUGUAAAUGAAAUUAUUGUAGAACCAGUUUUGAGAAACCCUGAUGAUGAUGUACUUGUAUUCAAAUGUUCUGAGUUCUCCUUAUUGAAACACGCAUUAAGGAUUGUAGGUAGAUUGAUCUUGUUUGGGAGAAGAAUAUUUCCUGAUAAAUUCAGGGAAAGUAAUAAUUUACUUGUUUUAAUCAGAAUCAUGCAGCGUCAAGCUUUUCCAACGCUAUAUGUUGACUACGGGUUACAAACGAGUUCUAGUGUUCCCUCUGAGUUAAGGAAUCUUAUCAGACAAUUAGGACUUUAUGUUGAUAAAAGUGGUGUCAUUCGGUGCCAAGGAAGACUUCAUAAUGCAGAAUUGCCAGAAUUCGCUAAGCAUCCAGUAUUCGUCGCCAGCCGACACCCCUUAUGGCAACUUAUAGUGUCUCAUUAUCACAUACUCAACUUGCACUGCAACACGAAUACACUUGUGGUUAUAUUGAGACAACAGCUUUGGGUUGGAAAAAUGAGACAGUCCGUUAAGAAGAUCCUGAAAGAGUGCUUAUCGUGUAAGAACGCACAAAAUCAACCUCUAAGUCUGCCUGGAUUUCCCCCAUUACCACCCGAACGAGUUAAGCAUCAAGUCCCUUUUUCCUGUGUUGGCGUCGACUAUACGGGAAACAUUCAUGUGUCUGAAAAUGAAGCUGAGAACGAGAAGGCGUAUGUCUUGUUGUUUACAUGCGCUACGUCAAGAGCAGUUGCCCUGUAUGUGUGCAAAUCCAUGAAUGCACAAGAAUUCCACUUUGUUUUUAGACAAUUCGCGGCAAGACACGGACUUCUGAAAGUUUUAAUAAGUGAUAAUGCGCCAAACUUCAUUGCAGGCAGUCCUGAUAAUGUUAUAAGGACAGUCGAGAUAAAAACAGCAAGUGGAAAUUUUACGAGACCAUUGAAUCAAGUCAUUCCACUCGAAUGUAAUGUCAGAGAGGAAUCAACAACAGAAAGCGGACAGAAUGAAGUAGGCGAGACCAGCGAAGCCUUAAACGAGGCUAGCCAUAUAAACAAAACAACAAAGACGAUUGAGAGGGCCAAAACCAAGGACGUCGGAGACGGCCUAGAGAGUGUUCCGGAGGAUGACCCUACGACCUCAACAGGUUCCCCACCACCAGUGAUGUCCAAUCGUCGGCCCAUGAGAAGUACAGCUGCUAAGGCCGACGAACAAAGAAAACAGUUGAUUCGAGAAGGAGCUUUAUAA